CUUGUCUGUCUGAUGUCUGGUUUUUUUUAUUAACCUUUGCAGCGAAAGUAUUAGUAUAUUUACUUUCUGUUUAAAAAUUAAUUAUUUUUAACUGAUUGAAAACAAACACUACCGAAUCACCAAUCCAUAGAAAUGGCUGCACAAUUGUUUAACCGCAUCGGUCAAGUCGGGCUAGGUGUUGCCCUUGUUGGUGGUGUAGUAAACUCCGCAUUAUACAAUGUUGAUGGUGGACACAGAGCUGUCAUAUUUGACAGAUUUGCAGGAGUCAAGAAUUUGGUAGUUGGGGAAGGAACUCACUUUUUCAUCCCCUGGGUUCAGAAGCCUAUAAUCUUUGAUAUAAGAUCAAGGCCCCGAAAUGUUCCUACAGUCACUGGAAGCAAAGAUCUUCAAAAUGUGAACAUCACCUUACGUAUCUUGUUCAGACCAGUACCUGAUCAACUGCCCAGGAUAUACACGAUCCUAGGCAUUGACUAUGAUGAAAGAGUGUUGCCGUCCAUCACAUCUGAAGUGUUAAAAGCAGUAGUUGCUCAAUUUGAUGCAGGGGAACUUAUCACACAAAGAGAGAUUGUAUCACAAAAGGUAAAUGAAAGUUUAACAGAGAGAGCAGGCCAAUUUGGUCUUAUCCUUGAUGACAUUUCAAUCACACAUCUUACAUUUGGCAAAGAAUUCACACAAGCUGUCGAGUUGAAACAAGUAGCACAACAAGAAGCUGAAAAGGCUAGAUUCCUUGUAGAGAAAGCUGAGCAACAGAAAAAGGCAGCUGUCAUAGCCGCCGAGGGUGAUGCACAAGCAGCUGUAUUGUUGGCAAAAUCAUUUGGCAGUGCAGGAGAAGGUCUGGUUGAAUUGCGUCGUAUAGAGGCAGCAGAAGAUAUUGCAUACCAACUAUCAAAGUCCCGCAAUGUUACUUACUUACCUGCAGGCCAAAAUGUGCUUUUAAAUCUUCCAACACAAAAUUAAUUGACAAUAUUGCUUGAAUGCUGCCAUAAGUGCUAGCAGUUGUAAGUUUAAUAAGUCGUUGGCCGGUGUCAUUGCAUUUGUUUUUACACAACACAAAUAUUAUUAUAAGGAUGUUGCAUUUUGGAGAGACUAAUGCUGGUUCCACCAAUAGGUUGUAGUCGUUAAUUAGCAAUAGGAACUUGUAAUUAUGCAUUAAAUAAACUAUAAUUUUGUUGAGC